GUUAGUAUUUAUUUUCGUUUCGACCUGAACAGACACCUUGGUUAUUUUGCGCGCGUCUCGUGGCGGACGUUCCGGAGGCUCUUACUCUCUGUGCUGUGCUGGGGCGCUUUUUUGUGGUUCUUGUUUGUUAUGUCUUUGUAGGAUAAUUUAUUUUAGUUCCGUUCAAAUGUUGAGUGUAUAUUUAUAUCGACCUGAAACCAGUGCGUGUGAAUCGUGAAAAAAGAAACAAUACCCCAAUACUCGAACCAUGCUCAAGUGCGGCAAGUAAAGUCAGAGCAGAGGCGAAUUUCACCAUCAGCAAAGUUCAUCUGCCCCGCGAAACACAAAGAAAACAAGUAAAAGGUGAAAGUGUCUGCCGUCGUUGGAUAAAAUCCCACAAUUUCGUGCGAUAAGGCGUAACACUUAUCAGCGUUCCUGCGUGUGAUAAGAACCGCGCUAUGGCACUUUUAUCCAAUGGUGCUUCAUCAAUGCAAAUAACCCCGCCGCCCGGCAGCUCGGCCCAGCCCAACAACGACGGAAACGUGGACUUCAACUCGAAUGAUCACAUUUUCUUCUCGAAUCUCUUCAACGCACUGCCCCGCUGGGACGCACCGGGCAAGGUUAGCUCGGGUCCCGUUACGGUGCCGCAGAGUGUCCACAAUGUGAACGGAUUCAGCAACAAUACGUCGCUGGAUCGGGACAGCAUCAGCAUCACGGACGACGUGCUGUUCUCGAACGUGCUGGGUGCGAUCGGGACUUCGAACGGGAGUUCCGCCAACAAUGAUAUCCUUGGUGCAAUAGGGACCCACAUGACGCCGAGCACGUCUCCGCAGACGAACUCUUCGAAUGGUAGCUCGCACUGUCCGUCCUCGUUGGGAGCGGUCUGCGGCCGGUGCGAUACGCACGCGAUCAGCCGUUGUCUGGACUGUAACGAUGUUCUGUGCGAAGACUGUGCCCAUAUCCACAAUAAAAACACUUUUACGAAGGAACAUUGUGUGAUCUCUAUCCAUACGAUCUCGCCGAUCGGGUCGGCCACGGGUGCUAUGAGCAUUCCGAUGGCAGCCGAACCGCACUGUGAUGUCCACGGCGAAGUUCUGCGUUAUUUGUGCGAGUCGUGCAAGAAGAUUGUCUGCCAGGAGUGUACGCUGUGGGAUCACAAGGACCACUCUUGUAUUCCGGUGUCGAACGUGUCUCAGGGAGCUUCGGAGAAGAUUCUGUCGAUUAUUGAGAGUGGCAAGUUGGGUACCAAAUAUAUUAAGGCUAGCAUCGAUCGUGCCGUUACGUACUCGCAGGCCGUUGAGCGUGAUGCCAUGGAAGCUUCGGCAAGGAUCCGCAAAGCUAUGCGUCACUUUAUUCUGGCGGCUGAAGAUCGCGAACGGACUCUGCUGGAACGUGUUGACAAGUUUCGCCAGCAAAAGUUGACCUCACUUUCGGAUCAGAUGGCGGGAUUGCGGGCAGCUUUGGCAGGUCUUUCGCAAACUUCGGAUAUGCUCUCCAAAGCGUUGGAUUCCGUUGGCACGAUGAACAGCAUGGACAUUGCCAAAACCCUGACUUCUGGCGAGAGCCAGAUGGAGCAAUUUGCUGCUAUGUACAAAAAUUUACAACCAAAGGAAGAGUUCAUCACGUUUGUAGCGCCGAACUUUGAGCUGCUGCAGGACAUUCGCAUGCAAGGGGACGUACUACUGGUAAACCAGCGCAGCAACUCGAUGUCCAGCAGCAACAACGUUUGCAUUCAGCCACCAAGUGGAAACAUUCUCACCCGUCGUCCUAUUGUACGUAGUACAACUCCAGCCCAGCGUCUCAACUCGACGUCGUCCUCGUCCUGGGAUCAGAUCCCGCCUUCAAAAAACGUACUCGGGUCAUCGCCGACCUCGAUAGGAAUCGGCCCCAUUCCGGGAAUGCCAGUGCUGGGCCAAUGCAUCCCCGGCUGUCCCACGCACGUCUCGGCCAAACCAGCUGUUGGCCCUAGUACGACCUUCGGCUUCGAUGGCCACGAGGAUGGCCAGGUGUCCCGUCCGUGGGGUAUCGCCGUCGACAAGGAAGGCCACGUGCUGGUUGCCGAUCGUCGCAAUAACCGCGUGCAGGUAUUCUAUCCGGACGGGUCUUUCAAGCUCAAGUUUGGUUCCAAAGGGACAGCCAACGGCCAGUUUGACCUACCGGCCGGCAUCUGCACCGAUGCCCAGAAUCGCAUCAUAGUCGUUGACAAAGAUAACCACCGCGUGCAGGUCUUUUCGCCCAACGGCAUCUUUCUGCUCAAAUUUGGCAGCUACGGCAAGGACUGUGGCCAGUUCCAGUACCCUUGGGAUGUGGCAGUUAACGUUAAGGGAGAAAUACUCGUCACAGACUCGAGAAACCACCGCAUUCAGCUGUUCAACUCGGAGGGUCAGUUUAUAUCGCGCUUCAGCUUCGACGGCGUCAACCACAGCCGUUACCUGAAGGGACUGACCACUCCACGGGGUGCUUGCUUCACGCCUCAGGGCGAUGUCAUCAUCUCGGACUUUGAGAACCACCGUCUGCUGCUGAUCGAUUCAACGCUGACAAAGGUUCUCGCCGCCAAAGGUCACGAAGGCUCGGCCGUGCAUGAGUUCAGCCGUCCGUCCGGAAUUGCGUGCGACGAUGAUGGGCGCGUCAUCGUAGCCGAUUCCAAGAAUCAAAGAGUGCUUAUAUUUUCGCCACAGUUGGAGUUCCUGUGGGCGGUUGAGAUUCGUCCCUCGUCCAACAACAUGCUCACUGUCGGAAUGGACGAGAAGGAUCGCCCCAGCGAUGUGUCCCUACUGCCCGACGGUCGACUCGUGGUGAUGGUCGAGACCUCACCGGACGCCCGUGAUCAGUGCAGUCCGCAGAAAACGUUCAUCCAGAUUUACUAAGGGACGCCUCGACAAUUCUUUUUUUGGCUUCGCAGUCUCUUAACUCACUUUUUGUGCGCUGUUCGUUUUCGAACGAAAUUGUUUUAUCUUUGAGCUGUUUUAUUUCUGUACUCUAUUAGACAAAUUUACACGAAGGAUCGACAUUGCUACCUCUAACAGAAAAAAAGCGAAACUUUUAGGCUUUGUGUUGAACGUUUUUUUACACACGUGUAGUGAUACGAUUGAGCGAGCCUCCACAUACACUCACACACAUACAUUUUAUAUAGAUUUUUUUUAUUAUCGCUAGAAAAAAGAAAAAGUUUAUAAUAGAGAAAAUUCUCAAUAGUACAAGAACAAGCAAAACAUGGUGGAAAGCAAAGGUAGUACAAGCUAGAUUUAAACUCGUUGUGACGAAGGAAAACAAGAAAAAAAAGAUAUGAAAGAGAGACGGAGACAUUUACUGUGCAACAUUUACGGUGCUGCGAUAGCACGGAGAAGCAAUUCUAAUGAGCAACUGAAAGUUGAGAUGCUUUUUGCAAACAAGACUUAGCACAAAAAGACUGAAGAAAGGGAGAAGUAGCCAAUUCACGUCGAACACUUUUUGUUGUAGCAUGCAAUUGUAAUUGUGUAGAGAAAAGUAUUUUUUCAUUUUCAUUUGGUUUUCCACCCAUUUUGUUUCUGUUUCAACUGUCAUUAUUUAAUAGUAGUAGCGUGACGAGAAUAGUCUAUUGCAAUAGAGGCAAUGAUAAUUUAAUGUUAUUUUUACAGUAGUCGAUAUUUUCCAAGAAAAUUAUUAGUUUGCACGAUGCAGGCAUUUAAAGAUAAUUUUAUGUAAAUGUAUUAACAUUCAUGUUCAUGCAGAAAAAACGAUGUUCACAAUAGAUGUAUGUUUUAGUGAACUAAAUUGUCACUUUUGAGUAUUAUGCCAAGCAGUUUGGUGAUUUAUUUUAGUUUUUAAGGAGCACCUAAACAGAUUUUUACUUAGUAAAACAUUGUGAGAAAAUUGUCUGUGCUUCUAAGCGCACGUCCCAGUCAAAAUCUAACAAUAUUGAUAAUACAAACUAAUACCUUUAGGAGCAUUGAAAAUGACUUAAAUCGAACUUUCAACUCACAGACUAACAGUCUGAUCCAUCGACUUAAACACUAUACCACCAAGAACGAAACCAGUUGCAAAGAAGAUACUUCUAAAAGUUUUCCCGGAAAAAUAAAAAUAUAAACUAAAGCAUCACUCAAUUUUUUUUGAGAUUUCUAAAACAAACAAAGAAACAAAAAAAAUGCAAUUGGAAAGGAUAAUAAAAGAUGUAGUCGGUACAAGCUUGAAACAAACAAAAAAGUGAAAAACAGUAAAUUUUGGCGUUUCAUAAACAGCCACUGUACUUGUGAUUUUGUAAGCGAAACAAAGUGGAGCAGACAGUUUAAACAAACGAAAAAAAAUACACAAAACUAAACUCGUGAAACGGAGGCAUAAAGCUAGUGCCAGUACAAUGGAAGAAAGGGAGAGAAAGAGAGAGGUGAUUCGAUUCUUAAUCGAUUUCAGGGCUGCGCAAGAAGAGUAUAUGAAGAUGAAUCCAAUUCGCUAUAAAAAAUUAAAACAACAAGGAAGAAAUCAAACAUGCAAAUGUUGCCAUAAAAUCUCAAAGACAAAGAAGAUAUUUUUUAAAAAUAGCUCGAUAGUAUAUCAAAGAAAAGUGGAAUGACGAUUCUAACGUGCAGCGGUUUGAAGAACAGAUGGAAAGAAAGGCUAGCUUGAAGUAAUGUUGCGUUUCCGAAAUGUAUGAUCCUAUUUAAUCAAAUUAAAGCAAAAAAAAAACUAAACUUUACAAAUCUGGGAAAGCCAGACGAUCUGCGAUUUGUACUUUCCUCAUUAUUAUUUUAAAAAUAAUACAAAAAUAAUUAGCAUAAAUUAUGAUUAGCGCGUAGCUUCGAUAACCACCAUUCAGCAUGCUUAAUCUAACUAUAUGUGUUCUCGUGCUUCGAUGUACUUUACGAAAAUUCCAAAUUAACAUCAAAUAAUUUCAUUGAAACGAGUUUGCUGAAAGAAAAUAAAAACAAACAAAAAAGGUUUCGUGUGUGCAUUAUAUUUUUGGUUCAUUUUCAAAUAAAUAUUGAAAUUACUUUUUCGAGUCGAUUUACAAAUUUGGACAGAAGUAGUUCAAACAUGCAACUUGAAUGCAAUUUAGAAAUUAGUAAACUCGUUUUCUUGUCUCCGCUCGCGACAAGAGCUCCGGAGAAGACAAAAACGAUACGGUAUAGAACAAAAAUUAAAAGCAAAUACAAAAGUUAACCAAAACGGAUGCAAAACGAAAAAAAUAGUUUUAAGCUGACUGAUUGAAACCAGUAAGACUGAAAAGUUCGACUGAGGAUGGAAACGGAUGAUACAAAGAUAACGGAAAAUAUCGAAAUUUUCUAGCGUCAAAUUUACAUUCGUCAAAAGUGAAAACUAUCGGAAAUUGCUUUGGCUUAAAGAUUAAACAUCGGAUUAAAAUUUGAGAAAAGUGUCAAAAGCAAUACUAAAACCCAUAAAAAGAAAAAAAAACACGAACGUAGAUAUAAGUUAUCCGAAAGUCGAUACUUUGCGAUUCACUUCAUCAGACAGGCAAACAAUGGUAAAACUAUCCGGAAUCCUCACCGAAAGGAGAAAAAAAACACCCAAAGAAAUCAUGGAAAGACAUAAAUAUCCAUAGAUUAAUACUACUAACUCCUGAACUAAAGCGGACAACAAAAUUUUGGUUUGACCUAAAUACAAGUUCCUGCUUGGAUUAAAACAAAACAAAACAAGAAGAACAAACUAUGACUCACGUAUUUGCGCUUCUGCUAGAGAAAAUGAACGGUUUUAUUUUUGAUUUUUUUUAUUUUUGUAGCGUAAGAACGGCUUCAACUACUGAAACGCCAAAUGUGUUCGUCGAAAAAAGAAGUGCAUAGUAACAUUAAACACUGAUAUAAACAACAAAAAAAAACAAUUUAGAUCAAAUAUACACUACAACGUAUAAUGCUGAAUUAUAUUAAAAAACACACGAAAGUACAACAUUCUCUUUAUAUCGCUGAUGCUAUACAAGAAAAGGAAAAAAAAAACAAACAGAUAAGCAAAAUAUACAUAGACUAAACGAAUGGAAGGAAAAUUAUUCUGAAUAAUGGCAAACAGUUACCAUAGCAAAAGGAAAAAAAACAAGAAUCUAUUUUAAAAUGUACAACAACAAACAAAAUAGCAAUUUUCUGGCAAUGACUCAGAAACGCACUAUAUAUACAUGCAAUUAUUAUUCUUUAUCCUAAUAAAUAGUUUAUAACUAAG